AUGAGUGAUGAAGAUAUUUAUAAUGAACUUUCUGAAAAUAAUAGUCUUCUAGAAGAUAAUGAAUUUCUAGAAGACAAUGAAUUUUUUGAAGAUAAUAAACUUCCUGAGGAAGAUUCUUUUGAUUUUUAUCGUGAGGCUAGUGAUGAUCAAAUAAUUAGUUCUAGCAGUAUAGAUAUUUCCACAGCUC